GCAAGAACGAACACGUUCGUCUGCAAACGCCUCUCGCCGGUGUUACCUAUCGCUCAGUGAUUUCUAGCGGUCCGAGUGUAAACAAGCGUUGAAUUUACUUACUAAGUAGGUAUAUCGGCUGAAAGCACACCUGUCUUCCGGGAUACCGGCACAGAAACAAGUCCAGCCUACAGCCGGGUACAUCAGUCUCCAGAUUCAAGGUUUGCAGAUGGUGGUGUGACGAGGUGAUGAGUGAGGGCUUGGCGUCUACUCCUUCCUUGCAGUAUUAAACAUGACAGGUAUGGCAGCAGACAAAUGCAUUCAGUCUGUGCAGAUCUUACCACAAAGGCUUCCAACGCCUCCCUGACCCUCAGCACAACGUCCACAACAGUCAACACCACAGUCACAGUCACGUGCUCGGACUCAAGUCAGCGAUUGGUUGGCGAGAGUCAGCUGACCUGUCUCGCUACAGCAGAGUGGAGUGACGGUCUGCCAAUAUGCAUUCGCGACUUUUCCGACAGGGAGAUUAUUAUCCUGGCUGUGACAUGCUCGGUGAUAUUCACACUCAUUGUAGUAUUAGUCCUCAUCGUGCUCAUCCUGGCCAGGAGGAAAUCAAGGACGAAAAGGAAAAGACAUGAACGUCUGGCGCAGACAAUGGAGCGUCUCUCUAUCCGAGACCCACUAGACGAGCUGGUGAGACGGGAGUCACGACGCAGCUCCAUGGGCUACAUGAACGACUCCCUCAACAGCUUGCCUAACACCAACGGCGACAUCAGUAAAAGGAGACUUUAUAAAGUCUGGACAAACGACCGCAGCAGGAAGACAUUUGCAUUUGCUGAUGACCUUGAGGAGUUAGUAGAUCGAGGCCGUGACAAGCUGGGGAUACGGGGCAAGGUCCAGGUGGUGCUGGAGGAGGACGGCACAGAGAUAGAUAACGACGAGAUACUCCGCGCAUGCUCGGGAAAAGUCAUGCUCCUAAAGCCAAUCAGCGACUCUUGGCGAGAUUCGCGCAUGCUCACUGCCUUGGACACAUUGCCACCAGAUAGCACACGGUUUUGAGACAUGGGGGUAACUCGCCAUGGAACUGUUGUCACUCGGGGAACUGACAUACAUGGUAUUUUGUGACGUUAGCGGCGAAGAGGAAGUGUGCCGUAACGAGGAAAGUUAUGAACGCCGAAAGUAAGUGCGACGUCACCGUAUAAUCACGUGCUCGUCGAUUGCCUGUGGUUGUACUGUGUACCGGCGACGUGCAAUAUAACGAUGUGCAACACUGACGUCAGAGUUAGUGGUAGGCGUGUAGACGUGGAACUGUUACUUGUCAUCAAAUUGCGUCAGCUAAACAUUCUCGAGGAAAGAAGUGCACGUUGAGCUGAAUGUGGUUGUUACUGGUGAUGUCACUAGAUGUAUGGUCAAGUCGGAUGGCUAUGUACUCUGGCUUGCCUGAUGCCCCUAGUUCUGUGAUGGUGUCGGGAACCGCUCCAACCACUCUGUCACCGGGUACCUGUGGUAGAACCCGAGGAUACGGGGAUACCAGGCCAACAUUGGUGGUCGAUACAUGACAUGAGGACGUCCAGCGGGAUCUUGCGUGCACAACCUUCAUUAACAUACGUAUGAGAGUGAGAUGCUUGACUGCAGUCUACUCUACACAAAACAUGACUUUAGAGACAUUUUGGAUACUAUUAUCGAUUGCAAAAUAAAAUAUGUUUUCUUC